AUGCACUCGUCUCUGAACCGAGCGCAGGCCGUCUUCGGCUUCUUUACAACCGUGGCCUUGUUCGUCGCUGGUUUUGCGGCGUUGUCUGUUCUGUUAUAUCCAACCGAUGAGGCGAAAGCAGCGGUAUCAUUGAAGGAUGUCAAAGUAGUCAAAGGACGCCCACACUACUAUUCAAAUAAGAAAGAAGAAUACGCACAAAUGCGCUUCGAUCUGGACGCUGAUCUCUCCUCCCUCUUCAACUGGAACACAAAGCAACUCUUCGUCUACGUUUACGCCUCCUACUCGUCCUCCGACAAGGAAUCUACCCUCCUCCCCCAAUCCGAGUCCAUCAUCUGGGACACCAUCAUCUCGGCCCCGGAAUCGCCGUACUCCUUCAACGCUCUCCGUGAGCGCUUCUUCCCGGCCAAGUCUUCUUCGAAACGGACCACCGGCGCCAAGAAGUCGACUAAGAAGGAUAAGGCCGCACCUGGUGUCCUUCGCCUGAGGAACCAGCGGGCUAAGUAUCAGAUCUCGGAUAUCACGGGGAAGAUGGCGGAGCGGAGUAAUGUGACACUUUCUGUUGGGUGGAACGUGCAGCCUUGGGUUGGAGCUCUGUGGUGGAGUCCUGGGUCUGGAGCCGUGCCGAGGACGGGUGGUGAUUCUGGGAGGAGUAAGCCAUUUCAGUUUCCGGCGUUGAAGACGAAGGCGAGUGCCAAGACGGCAGAAGGCCAGGGUCAGGCAAAGAAGGUGGAGGUCUAG